UUGAAGGCCGUAACUUGUUACAAUGUGAAAUUUGCAGAUUGCGUUAACAAGCCUUACGAGCAGAGCGCAGACAAAUGCGCCAUACCCAUUGUUCAUGAUACCGAAGUAACGUUCAUCUAUGGUGCAUACCUCAGUUGGAGCCAAGGCGAUAAGUACCUGGACUUUGCAGGAGCCGAACAGAACCAAGGCACCCACAAUGGCAAAGAAGCCUUGGGCACCCCAAUGGUGUAUUCAACGAAUGACACCGAAGCUCUAGAAUAUCAGCCCUAUAACAGAUACGGUGACGCCUAUUGGAUGGUUGAGUUACUUGUUGCUUGCAACGAAACUGAAAACGGCUGGUUUGAACUGAAGGGUUAUUUUGCGCCCUCGUCAAUUUGGGAGCCAGAUAUAAAGCAGGAAGAGUGUUCUGGUGACAUAGGAGGGAAGGUUCCGUUUACAUCGAAAAAUCACAUUGCAAAAUGUGGAGCAGUCAAUGUCUUUGAGUGGGCAAGCGGAAAAUGUAUCAUAGACACAGUCUAA